UAUACCUCUUGCUGCUGCCUCCCAAGUAUCUGUCUAAAGAUUGCUGAUCAGCAGUUUCUCCUAGGUAUGUGAAUUUCUCAAGUUGAUGUAGCUCGUUCGCAAAAGCAGGAGGGCAACCAUAUCUGAGUGGCGGGGGGGGGGGUAUGUGUUUUUCAGCCAGCUUGAAUCCCCAGAGUCUUCUGUUAGAAGUAUAACAGGUCAAAGGCUGGGGUGAUCCUUUUAGGCUGUGUUUAUGGAAGACAAUCUUACUCGGCUACAAGUGAUCACCAAAGAAGAUUCUUUUAGACCUGGUCUACCAGGGCAAAGAGCUGGAGCAUAUGGGAUCCUAGGCUGAGAGGGCACCACUGCUACUUUUAACCUUUACUAAAUGAGAAAUGCCUCCUGAUUCUUUAGUAUAUGCUGAUAUAAUUUUAUUCUUGUAAUACAUGUGUACAGCUGUGUGCAUGUAUCUUUCAAUAAUGGUAAAACUUGCUUAGAUGAAAACCACAUAUCACUUGCAAGUGAAUAAGCUCCAAGGACUGGUGACAGGGAAGUUUUAUUCUGUAUCAAAAUCUGAUGCCUAAUUAAAGUCUCCUAAAAUUAUAUACUUAUUUCAUAAAAUAUAUGUACUGCUUGAUCGUAAAAAAAACAAAACGAAACCUCAAAUUAUUUUGUAAUAAAUGAAAUUAAAAAGUUCUUUAAGUUUCCUAAAAUGAAAUUCCAUUGAAACCCAUUGAAAUUAACGGAUCUAAAUUAAUAAUGGCCAUUGAUUUUAGUAGGCUUAGUCUGGGUGAACAUUAGCUGAAUACAACCCAAACACUUGAAUCGCCCUAAAUAUGCCUAGAUUGAAGACUUUGGAAGGACUUCUUGUUGCCCUAACGAGGAGAAAAAAGGGGUGUGAUGAUAUAUCAAGAAAAAGAGAAUAGGGGUGCAAAGAGAGAGGGAGAAAGAGAGAGACGACUACUUAGGAUUGGCUGUGGAAGUUUCAUAAGAAGCAUUAUGAAUAUUUUGAUGCAUGAGAUUCCAGGCACCAUAAAUGGAAGUCAUUCUCCUUGCUCUCUUUCUCUAUGGAAGCACUAUUCUGAAGAGUGAUCUCUUUGAUUUCAUUUAGACCCACAAGAUUGUUUCAGAACUUCAGCUGUUAUGAUGGUUCUAGAGACUUAUCUGCUUAUCCAGAUUUAAACAAUAGUUUUGUCAUUGGAUAUCAAAAUAAUAGCAAAAAAUGAGCUAAUUUCCCCCCAAAGUUAACAAAAUAUAUAACCACCACAUAAAAAUGUAAUAAAUAAAGUUGAGAGGACAAAUUUUCUCCCUGCUAAAUGUGACAGAGUAGAUUUCUCCCUAGGUAAAGGUAAAGGGACCCCUGACCAUUAGGUCCAGUUGUGGCCGACUCUGGGGUUGCGGCACUCAUCUCGCUUUAUUGACCGAGGGAGCAGGCGUACAGCUUCAGGGUCAUGUGGCCAGCAUGACUAAGCCGCUUCUGGUGAACCAGAGCAGCGCACGGAAACGCCGUUUACCUUCCCGCUGGAGCAGUACCUAUUUAUCUACUUGCACUUUGAUGUGCAGUAUUUAUCUACUUGCACUUUGGCAGGAGCAGGGACCGAGCAACAGGAGCUCACUCCAUCACGGGGAUUCGAACCGCCGACCUUCUGAUCGGCAAGUCCUAGGCUCUGUAGUUUAACCCACAGCGCCAACCGCAUCCCUAGAUUUGUCCCUAGACAGCAACAGCUUGGCUAGAGAGUUAACUACUCUGAGGCCAUGAGCCAAGGGAGCUCACCCACAUAUCCAAGGAUUAAGCUAUAGAUUACACUGUUUCAGAUUUAUAGGAGCCUGGAAUGCUUUGAAGCUUUCGUAAUUCUAGUCCUUUGCAGACCCUUCAAGUAGACUUUAAUAAGGCUGUUGUCAUUUUAAUCCCAAUCCUUUGUGUCUUGCGUGGGUGCAAUCACAAUCUGAGAGGGUGGUCUUGGGCUCAGCUUCUCCGUCUGGCUAUUCCAGAGGCAUCUAGCUGGCCACUGUGAGAACACGAAGCUGCACUAGAUGGGCCACUUGCGUCAUCCAUCUGGGCUUUUCUGGUGUCCCUCUCUGCAUCCAGUGUGGUGUCCAACUCCUUCUCCAAACUUCAGAAUUGGGUCCAGGAUGGGGCAGUUCAUCUUCAGGUUGAACCAGCAUGGUCUGCCCUGAUUCAGGAACCCCUGGAUCAAUGUCAUGGGGCGGAUGGUUUUGCACAGCUCUAGUGAACAUCUGCCAAUCUCUUCUACUUUUUAAUAAGUCAUAACUUUGAUUUACAACACUUGAAAUCAUUCUCAUAGUUUAUAGUAGUUAUUUUAUUUAGGUAUCCCACCAUGGAAGGAAAUUCUACACAUCAUUUUAACAUCACAAGGGAACUGGAUGUGACAGACAUCUGGUAAGUAUAUACAAUAAUAAUAAAAAUAAUAAGGCAGAGAAUGUGGCCUCUGUCAGAUUACUAAAAAGAGGAUGUGACCUUCAGAAUUCCACCCUCCAGAUUUAUUUUAUAAUUUUUUGUUUAUUUAUCACAUUUAUCUCACACCUUUUUCUCUAAAGAGAACGGGCAACACAAGAGCAGGGCCUUCUCUGCAGUGGCUCCCCAUCUGUGCAAUGCUCCCCCCAGGGAAGUUUGCCUGGCACCUUCAUUAUACACCUUUAGGCGCCAGUCAAAAAUGUUCCUUUUUAACCAGGCCUUUGGUUGAUCCGAUUUACAUCCUAUGCCCUUUUAAAAUGUGUUUUUUUUGGGGGGGGGCUAUUGGGUUGUUGUUUUUAUUUUUAUUAUGUAUUUUGUGGUUUUAUAUCUUGAUUUUAUUCUGUGAACCGCCCUGAGACCUCUGGAUAUAGGGUGGUAUAUAAAUUAAAUAAAUUAUUAUUAUUAUUAUUAUUAUUAUUAUUAUGAGCUCAUGGUGCCAUGCAUGGUUCUCCCAGUCGUCCUUUAAUCUUAGGGUGGAUUAACGCUCAAAUUCUUUGCACAUGGAACUCUCGGAAUUGUAGCACUGUGGUGGGAAUAGGGAUCUCCCAAGCACUCUCAGUGCCUUUAACAAACUACAACUCCCAGGAUUCUUUGGGUGGCCAUCAAUGUUUAUCAUAAUAAUGUAAAGGCAUGGUGUGGCCACCAUUGACUUGGGAGUUUUUGAAAGAAAUGUUGGGAAUCAGGUAAGAGACUCACUCAGUGGAAGUUGCUCCCAGUCCCAGUCUCACCCAAAUCAAUGUGACUUUGACAAAUGAGGAGUCAGGGUUGUAGGUAGUGUGGCUUGUGUACCCGUUGUGUAGAUCAUUUGACUGACUGCAGAAUAAUGAUUACUCUUGUUCUCUUUCUUUUUGCAGGUAUUGGCAUGAAAGGAUUACCGAAGCUAAAAUUUAUGUAAAUGGUAUUGUCAAGCAACCAGAUGGUCGAGCAAUAACAGAAGCUUACAGUGGUUCUGGAGAUAUACCUGAUUAUCUUAACUCAAAUGAGACUAUCAUAUUUAUAAAUUUAAAUUAUAGCACAACUGCUGCCUCCAGCAUUGUUUUUGCUGAGUUUGUAGCAUCGAAUGAUCUGGUCUUCUCCAAAUUAGCAAAGUAUUUAAUCAACAGCUUCAUUGCCAUUAUUUGCAUUUUGGGGCUUUUGGGUAAUGGGUAUGUCAUCUGGCUUCUUGGCUUCAAAAUUAAGAGGAAUCUUUUCACCACCUAUGUUCUGAACCUUUCCAUUGCUGACUUUGCUGUCCUUUUAUCUCUAAUCAGUACUGCUGCAUUUGCUUCUGCCCUUCGUGUGAUGAGUGAAUCUCACAUUCUCAACAGUGUUUUUCUAUUAUUUUUUGAACUCUUUUGCUUCACAUAUUCUACCAGUCAGUAUCUACUGGCAGCUAUCAGCGUUGACAGGUGUGUAGUUGUCCUCUUCCCACUUUGGCAUCGAUUUGACCGGGGACCAAACUCAUCUGCCAUCAUCUGCGCUAUAAUAUGGAUCUUCUCCUUCCUGCUUUCUGCAAUCCAUUUCGCUCUCCGCAUGACUGGCAGAUUUGGGGCAUCCCUUUUACACUACCAGCUGCUUGUAAAUGCUCUGCUUUGUACGCCUCUGAUGUUCAUCUCUUCUCUGAUCUUGUUCAUCAAAGUGUGCUGUAAAGCACAACAACACAAGCAAGGAAAACUCAUCACGGCUAUCUUGCUUGCCCUCCUUUUCUUUCUCAUCUUUGCUUUCCCACUGAAUGCAGUUUAUGUAAUCUAUUGCUAUUAUUUCCCCCACCUUCACAGUCUCAUGCUAAUCGGCUUUGGGUGUUCUUCUGUAAACAGCAGCAUCAACCCAAUCAUUUAUUUUUUAGUUGGAAGGAGAGGACGGAAGAGUCCUUCCAGGGUAUCCAUGAGAGCUGCAAUCUCAAGGGUGUUUAAGGAUGUGGGAGACUGUACAGAAGACAAGAAAUCCAGAACAGAGAGUAAAGUUAUGAUUUGACCGCCUAUGAGUGGCGUCUUAGCAGGGUUCCUACUGUGUGAAAUCUUAGAUUUCCUGAUGGAUUUUUAUAGGCAGGCCUCACUUCUAUCCCUGGGGAUGGUAAAAAAAAAUAGCUUCUCAGUGUGAACCAGAAUAGCCAUCUUCCUUGCACUCCUCUGUACCUUUGCUUCUCCAGUGCAUGAAGUUUAUAUAAUCAAUUAAUAUUAUUCCCACUUUCCCAAUCUAAUGCUCAUUGGUUUCAAGGGUUCCUCUAUAAACAGCCAUAUCAACCGUCAUGGAGGGAUGCCAGCUCAUGGGUACUUACAGGCAUCUCUAGUGGGAUUGUGGGAAAGUACAAAAGUUCUGGCUCUCUGUGAUUAAAGAGAUUAAUUGCACUCUCCUCUCUUGAGGUUCCCAGAAACAGCUUUUCAGAGGCAUACUCCACGAAUGUGAAAACCUUCCCAAAAAGACUUCUAAAAAGAAUUUACUAGUUUUGUCAAAAUUAAUUUGACUCCUCCCAAAAUUAGGUCUAAGAGAGUCAUUAACCUAUUUUUCAAUUCCACAUCUGGAAAAACCAAGUUGAAGGAAAAGAGAUUAUGACUUAACAUCAGAAAUAACUUUCUGACACUAAGAGCUGUACAACAGUGGAACAGACUCCCUCAGGAGAUUAUGGACUCCCCUUCAUUGGAGGCUUUUAAGCAGAGGUUGGAAGGUCAUCUGUCAUGCAUGCUUUAGUUGAGAUUCCUGCUCUACUAGAUGACCUUUGGGGUACCUUCCAACUUUACAGUUCUAUGAGUCUAUGAACCCAGGGAUAUAUAGAAGGUCUCCAUUUCUAGGUCCAAUAGCAAUGUCUCUGUGGCUCGGUACACACCAUACACUGAAACCACAUUGAAAGCACAUUAUGCCCCUCCAAGUAUUCUGAGAACUUAAUUUACCACUCACAGAGCUACAUUUUCUAGUGCCCUUAAUAAACUAAAGUCCCCAGAAUUAUCGGGGGUGGGGGAGGAUAAUGUGUUUUCAAUCUACUUUGUGUGAUUGCCCAAUUUACUGCAAGUGAGUGAUAGAGAUCUGGUGUGUUUCUUGUUUUUGUGGAUGUGGAUGUGGAUGCCUGCUACUGGAAUGCAGCUUCCAAAAGCUUUCCACCACAAUAGAUAUUGAGAUAGUGUGUGCCACAUUUAGCGGGUAUCAAGGGAGAAUGAGCAGAGUUGUUUUUUGAAGCAGGAGAACUGAGGUUUUUAGAGAUGGAAGGGAAAAGGUAAUUUCCAGGAACAUACUGAGAAACAAGGAAUGAGUGAGUGAGGAUGGGGGACCUUACAGUUAAGCAUGAGACAUUUCUGCUGGUUGGUGGCAAAGCAUGGAAAUCCUGUGAAUAGAAUUGAGGGGGUCGGGGAUCCAUAUAUGUGAAUGAUGGGAUAAGUGAAUGACAGCUGGAGUACCAAGGAAUAACAGAAUGAAUAGACUGGCACACCAAGGAAAUUCAUAAAGUAGAAGAUCACCAUAUACCCUGUAGGCCAUGAGCAGAGAGACUGUAAACGGAAUUGUAACUGAAAAAGAAUGGAAUGUUUUUGCCUUACUGUGCAAGGAAAAGGAAUAUGACUGACUAAAUAUCAAGGUCAAAGGACAGAGAAGAAUCCAAAACAAAGACAGAGCCCAUCCUCCUUUCCUCUAGUACCCACUGAUGUUGCUGCCUUAGGACAUCACCUUGAACACUCAGGAAAGAAGGGACCUCCAUCCAACUUACUGGCUUUCAUUGAAUUCUUUUUCCUUUAUGUUGCUUCUUACAAUUUAUGUAAUAUUGCAUGCAUAUCUUUAGGUUUCUUGUGUAUCUCUGACCCCAUUGACCAGCCUGAGCAUGGCAACAUGAAAACAAAGAAUAACUGUAAUCAAUAAAUAGAUUUCUCCUAGUUACAUUGCAGAGUAGUUGUCUGGUUCAUCCUCUGAGACUUGAUGACUCAUGAUUCUCAGUAAUGCCUUUGUCAAGAAUCUCACCCUAAAUUAGCUAUCUUGAGUACCAAUGAACAAAAUCCUUCCUCUCACAUAAUGUUGGAAAACUGUUUAACAAGGAUGAAGAGGAAUGGAUGCAGCCCUAAACUUCUUGCAGGUGUCUUCUUGCUGUCUCCUCCACAUACUGUAUGUCUAAAGAUGGCUGAUCAGCAGUUUCUCACAGGGAUGUGAAUGUCUCAAGCUGAUGUAGUUCAUUUGCAAAAGAAAGCGGGGGACCACAGCUGAGUGGCAGAGGGGUACAUGGGUAGUUCUCCUGGAAGGAUUCUGGCUCACCAGCUUGGGAAAGUUCUUUGUGACAUCUUGGGAGCCACUAGAAGCCAGAGAAGGAAAUGCUGCAGUAGAAAUUCUAAUGGUCUGCCUCGCUAAGACUCUACAGCUAAUCAACAGUUGGUUUGUCUGUCAAAAAUAGGUAAGGAAUUAGAAACAGAUCAAGAUGUGUUUUUUUAAAAAAAUGAUAUUUAUUAAAAUUUCAGAG